CGCGCCCCGCACCCCGCGUCCCCGCGCCGCGGCCCCGCCCUCCCCGCCGGUACCGCAUUGCCGUACUGCAGGGCGCAGUGCACUGCGCCGCACCGUCAAUAGGUGGACCCCCUCCCGGAGAUAAAACCGCGGCGCCGGCGCCGCCAGUCCCUCUGCUGAGACCUCGGCUCCGGAUUCCCUGCUCAGCAACCCCCCACCCCAAGCCAGAGCCCCCUUGGUGCCAGCCCCUCCCCUGCCUGGGCAGAAUGGGCAAGGAGAAGACUCACAUCAACAUUGUGGUCAUCGGCCAUGUGGACUCAGGCAAGUCCACCACGACGGGCCACCUCAUCUACAAAUGUGGGGGCAUCGACAAGAGGACCAUCGAGAAGUUUGAGAAGGAGGCGGCUGAGAUGGGGAAGGGCUCCUUCAAGUACGCCUGGGUGCUGGACAAGCUGAAAGCAGAGCGGGAGCGCGGCAUCACCAUCGACAUUUCCCUCUGGAAGUUUGAGACCACAAAAUACUAUAUCACCAUCAUCGAUGCGCCUGGCCACAGGGACUUCAUCAAGAACAUGAUCACUGGCACAUCCCAGGCGGACUGCGCGGUGCUGAUCGUGGCUGCAGGUGUGGGCGAGUUUGAGGCUGGCAUCUCUAAGAAUGGGCAGACCCGGGAGCACGCACUGCUGGCCUACACCCUGGGGGUGAAGCAGCUCAUUGUGGGUGUCAACAAGAUGGACUCCACAGAGCCGGCCUACAGUGAGAAGCGCUACGAUGAGAUUGUCAAGGAGGUCAGCGCCUACAUCAAGAAGAUUGGCUACAACCCAGCCACAGUGCCCUUUGUGCCCAUCUCUGGCUGGCAUGGAGACAACAUGUUGGAGCCCUCGCCCAAUAUGCCAUGGUUCAAGGGCUGGAAGGUGGAGCGCAAGGAAGGGAACGCAAGCGGCGUGUCCCUGUUAGAGGCCCUGGAUACGAUCCUGCCGCCCACCCGCCCCACGGACAAGCCCCUGCGUCUGCCCUUGCAGGAUGUGUACAAGAUAGGCGGCAUUGGCACUGUGCCCGUGGGCCGAGUGGAGACGGGCAUCCUUCGGCCGGGCAUGGUGGUGACAUUUGCACCAGUAAACAUCACCACGGAGGUGAAGUCGGUGGAAAUGCACCAUGAGGCACUCAGUGAGGCCCUGCCUGGUGACAACGUUGGCUUCAAUGUGAAGAACGUGUCUGUCAAGGACAUCCGCCGGGGCAACGUGUGUGGGGACAGCAAGUCCGAUCCGCCUCAGGAGGCUGCCCAGUUCACCUCCCAGGUCAUCAUCCUGAACCACCCUGGGCAGAUCAGCGCUGGCUACUCUCCAGUCAUUGACUGCCACACGGCCCACAUUGCCUGUAAGUUUGCCGAGCUGAAGGAGAAAAUUGACCGGCGUUCCGGCAAGAAGCUGGAGGACAACCCCAAGUCUCUGAAGUCUGGCGAUGCAGCCAUUGUGGAGAUGGUUCCUGGGAAGCCCAUGUGUGUGGAGAGCUUCUCGCAGUACCCGCCUCUCGGCCGCUUCGCGGUGCGCGACAUGCGGCAGACGGUGGCCGUGGGCGUCAUCAAGAACGUGGAGAAGAAGAGCGGCGGUGCCGGCAAGGUCACCAAGUCGGCGCAGAAGGCGCAGAAGGCGGGCAAGUGAAGCGCGGGCGCCCGCGGCGCGGCCCUCCUCGGGGCUCUACGUCAGCGACUGGAUGCUCGCCAUCAAGGUCCAGUGGAAGUUCUUCAAGAGGAAAAGCGCCCCCGCCCCCCGCUUCCGCGCCCGCGUCCGUCCCGCUCAGUGCCCGUUUUACCAAUAAACUGAGCGCCCCAGA